AUGAUAAUAAGGAUCGACCGGAAGUAUGUAACCAGCGCGAUCAAAGAGUGGUUUGAGCACUUAAAAUCUUUGGAUGACGUCCUGGAAGAGGAUGAGGAGGCGAGAGACGACUUGGCAACUAAUUACAAGAUAGAAGUAAAGGAAGAUGGCAAAAAAGAUAUGGCUUCCAUUUCGAUAGAUGAGUUCGAUAUAAAACAUGAUGUGUCUCUGGAUAAUAUCGAGGAGACAUUGGUGGAAGUUGUUGGAUCUCUUCUGGGCUAUAGAUCGACUGUUAUUCACGGAUUUACUGUUAAAGAUCUGAGCGGGAGGAAAAUGAAGCCGGUUGUUCGAAUCUUCUUCAGGCCAGCUCUUGGAAUUCAAGUUCCAAAGAAACUGGAAUACGUAAAGAACGGCACCGGUGAUACACCCGAGAUUGAUGAAGGCAUGAUGGUGAGAUCUGUGUCCAUCAGUCCGAUCGUCAGAUCAUUGCUAAACUCGGGGUCUUUAAGAUUCUCAGCAGAGGGUACAAGGAUCUUACUGACACUUUACAACGGUACCAUGUCGAUGGUUUCGGACACUAUUGAAGUGUUCCCCAUGGUGCAUAGCACGCUGUCCAGAAAAAACAUGAACUUGUUCCUCAGGCUCCUCAGAAGCUUUUCAUUCAAGUUUGUUGAAACUUUCAUCAAGGCAUAUCAAAUGCCCUCUUCACUUGAGGUCAAUAAGGAGUUGAGCAGGUGUUUCUCGGAACUUCAGAACACCCUUACCAAGCUCCAUGUAAAGUGUAUCCACAAAAUAGUGUCGAAUGCUCCAGUGUUUCUCGAUGCUCGAGAUAAGAUUACUGAAAGGAUUGAGAAGUUCUACAUUUACAAUGCAAAGGGAUUCAAGAGGAAAAAGACCCAGUACCUCAGAUGCAGAGAGGAGCUUCACAUUGACAGAAGUCCCAUUGGCUCCUUAAAGAGAUAUUUCCGGGGAGUCUCUAAAUCCCCGCUAUAA